UUGGUUUGCAUCCAGCAGAAAAUGUCUCAGUAUUCGGGAAAAAUCACUUUGUAUGAGGGCAAAUACUUCACAGGCAGGAAGCUGGAGGUCUGUGGGAACUGUAAUAAUUUCCAGGACAGAGGUUUCAUGAACCAAGUGAACUCUAUCUGUGUACAGAGUGGAGCUUGGAUCUGUUUUGAUCACCCAGACUUCUGAGGACAGCAAUACAUUCUGGAGCAUGGGGAAUAUCCUGACUUCUACCGUUGGAAUGGUUAUAAUGAUCACAUGGGCUCCUGCAGGCCUGUCGGAAUGCACGGUGAGCAUUACAGAAUGGAGAUAUUUGAUGGGAUCCAUUUUAGUGGUCACUGCAUGGAGUUCACUGAAGAUUGCUCUUUCCUGCAAAGGCAGGGCUGGAACAAGAACUGUGUCAAUGCCAUCAAAGUGUAUGGAGAUGGAGCAUGGGUGCUGUAUGAGGAACCCAACUAUCGUGGCCGUAUGUACGUUGUGGAGAGGGGAGAGUACAACAGCUUUAACACGUGGCAAGCUCACAGUGCAAAUAUCCAGUCCCUCAGAAGAGUCGUCAACUACUUUUAACUGAAUUAUUCUUGUACAAACAAUGUCCCGGUGCAAUCUAGAGUUUAAUCUUCCCCUCUGCUCACUCCAAGUGUGGAAUAAAUUCUUAAGAGCUACUGUUGGCUGCAGGUAUUUUCCCCCCAUUACGUGAGACAAAGUAUGCUUUGCUUGUUUAUAUGGCCUGACUGUACUUUGAUUCAUGAGCAGAGCACAUGGGCUUGUUUUGCUGCUUUCCAGAUGAGGUACCAGUAAUGGCAAUGCUAAACCAGCACAUUAUUCACGUGCAGUCUGGUGCACCUGCUCCAAAGCCCACUGAAACAAUUGGGCAUUUUUUCCACUGACUUCAGCGGGCUUUGGAUCAGGCCCAUUAUUAUUAUUAUUUUUUUAAAAGCCACCAUCCCACAAGUAUAACA